UUUGAAGAGGGCUCAGAUGGGGAAAUCCGCACGGUCCUGCUGGAACUGAAAGUCAUCGCUGAUGUCGGUCUCAUCGGGAAGCCUAACGCCGGCAAAAGCACAUUACUCAGCCGACUUUCCCGUGCGACUCCUGAAAUCGCAGAUUAUCCCUUCACCACGAAGUAUCCUAACUUAGGGAUGGUCCGGGUCGGAUAUGACCAUCAAUUCGUCAUCGCAGACAUUCCUGGUUUGAUCGAAGGGGCACAUGCGGGAGUCGGGUUAGGGCAUGAGUUUCUGAAACAUGUGCAGCGAACACGCUUAUUCGUCCAUCUCAUCGAACCGGCUCCCAUGGAUCAGACCGAUCCCAUCGAGAAUUAUCACCAGAUUCGUAAAGAGAUUUCACUCUAUGACGACACCAUGGACACUCGACCGGAACUCGUAGUCGUGUCAAAAAGUGAACUCCCUGACGCACCUGCCUGUGCUGAGUUACUCAGCGAGGAAAUUGGGAAAGAAGUGCUGUUGAUCUCCGCAGUAACAGGAGAUGGUCUCGGCGAACUCGUCAAAAGAAUUGUCGCAGAGUUCAAGGUCUAUGGGCAGGAGACAACGGGUGACAUUUCACCAAUAGAUGAUGAGACGAAGAAUGUCAUCAAUCAGGGUCUGGCCUGGUUAGCAAAGCAGCAGAAUGAGGACGGUUCUUUCGGAGGGCAGGGGGAGUAUUCUCAAAACGUUGGUGUCACUGCCUUAGCUGGCAUGGCAUUUUUGUGUGAUGGCAACGUUCCCAACGCAGGUCAGUAUUCAAAACAGGUCACAGGCUGUCUUGAUUAUUUGCUCAGUCGUUCGCAGGUCAGCGGUUACAUCGUUGAGACUGAUGAACAGGUCCACGGUCCGAUGUAUGGUCACGGUUUUGCCACCAUGUUUCUCGCUGAAGUUUAUGGCAUGUCGCAGCGAAAGGACUUGCGGGAAAAACUAGCUCGUGCCGUCGAUCUGAUCAUUGCAACACAAAACGAUCAGGGUGGCUGGCGUUACAAUCCCGUCCCUGAAGAUGCUGAUAUUUCAGUAACAGUUUGCCAGAUGAUGGCGCUAAGAGCUGCGCGGAAUGCGGGGAUCUCUGUUCCCAAAGAAGUCAUUGAUCGGGCUGUGACUUACAUUAAAGGGUGUCAGAAUCCAGAUGGUGGGUUUCGCUACCGUCUUUUCGAUGCCGCAGAAUCGAAGAUCGCUCGCUCGGCAGCGGCGCUGGUCGCUCUUUACACGGCUGGAAUGGCAGAAGAGAAGGUCGUUGAGCGUGGUUUUCA